AUUUCGGCACUUUUACUUUUCUUCUCCUCUGUUACAUCAACUGUGAAAGUGAAAACCCCAUGGUGGUGGUCAUGGUCAUGGUGUGAUCCUUCACGUUCAGUAGUUUCUAAGAGGACGGACCCUCUUUUCCUGCUCCUAUCGCGAUGGGUGUAGGAGGGCACUUUUGGGAUUUGCUCAAACCUCAUGCCCGCUUCGAAGGAUUCAAUUUCUUGAGGAACAAAACGGUUGCAGUGGACCUGUCGUAUUGGAUUGUGCAGCAGGAGACCGCCAUUAAAGGCUACACUAGAAACCCCCACAUUCGUCUAACCUUCUUCCGAACAAUUAAUCUUUUCUCUAAGUUUGGAGCAUACCCAGUUUUUGUAGUUGAUGGGACUCCGUCGCCAUUAAAGUCUCAGGCAAGGAUAGUGCGGUUUUUCAGAUCAUCAGGUAUUGAUUUAUCAAAUUUGCCAGAGGCAGAGGAGGGUGUCUCAGUCGAAAGGAACAGGGCAUUUAUGAGAUGUGUUGAAGAAUGUAUGGAAUUGCUUGAACUCCUUGGAAUGCCUGUUCUAAAAGCAAAAGGCGAAGCAGAAGCCCUUUGUGCAGAGUUAAACAGAGAAGGACGUGUUGAUGCUUGCAUUACAGCUGACAGUGAUGCAUUUCUUUAUGGUGCCCAAUGUGUGAUCAAGCGAAUCCAGCCGAACUCGAAAGAACCAUUUGAGUGCUACCAUAUAUCUGAUAUUGAGGCUGGUCUUGGACUUAAAAGAAAGCACUUGAUAGCUGUUUCUUUGUUGGUUGGAAACGACCAUGAUUUAAAUGGUAUAACAGGGAUCGGGCUUGACACUGCAGUUCGCUUUGUCAAAACUUUUAGCGAAAAUGAAAUAUUGGAAAGGUUGCAUGAAAUAGCCAGAGAAGACCCAGUAGUCCAAGGGAAUGAUGAUUCUGUAGGUAAAGCUGUAUGCAGUUCUGCUGAGAAAUCACCUAAGCCAAAGUGUCCUCAUUGUUCCCAUUGUGGUCAUCCAGGCAACAAGAAAGCCCAUUUCCAGUUUUCUUGUGAAUAUUGUAAUUCGACCGCCGGCCAGAGCUGCUGGCAAAAACCCGUGGGGUUUAAAUGUUAUUGCUCAUCAUGUGACUUGGACAGGAAAGAAAAAGAAAAGAAGAAAAAUAAAACUUGGCAAAUUACAGUUUGCCGAAAGAUUGCAUCGCAGCAAAAUUUCCCAAAUGAAGAAAUUAUACAGAUGUACCUGAGAAACAAUCGCGGGAUUGAUGACGACCCAUAUAUAGGAUGGGCAAACCCGCAGACAGAGAUGCUGAUCGAUUACCUUGCUUAUAAGCAGCAUUGGGAGCCAUCUUAUUGUAGACAAAGAUUACUUCCAUUGUUAUCAACUAUAUAUUUGAGACAUAUGGCCUCAAGUCCAACAAAUGAUUUGUUAUACGGGCAAUAUGAGUUUCACAGUAUUCAGCGCGUUAAAAUAAGAUAUGGGCAUGAAUUCUAUGUUGUCAACUGGAAGAAAGCUGCUAGUGUUUGCACGGAUGCUGUGUGUA